AUGUCUUUCCUCUGUCAACUCUAUUCUAACUCCCAUGAGCACAGAGGACACAGACACUGCCCCAUUGAAGCAGCUGCUGAGAGUCAAAUGGAAAGACUUGUAAAGCAAAUGGCAUCUUUAUGGGAGAAGAUCCAAGAGAAUCAAGAGAAUUUAGAGGCAGAGAACAGAAGGACAACUCUGUGGAUGGACUACCUGAUUCUGCGGGAACAAAUGAUCAGGACAGAGUAUGCAAAACUGCACCCACUCCUCUCUGAAGAGGAAGUGCAACACAUCGAGUCUAUGAGACAUGAAGGCCAAUGUGUUUUAGAGAAACUCAGGACAAGUGAAGCCAUCAUGAUCCAAAAGAGCAAAGAAAUAAGAGAAAUGUACCAGGAGCUGAUGGCAAUGUCCCAGGAGCCAUAUGUGGUCCUGCUGCAAGAUUCAGAUGACAUGUUCAGAAGGAGUGAGUCAAUGCAGCUGAGCAUGCCCCCAUCUGUGAACAAAGAACUCACUGCUCUACCUAUCAAUGGACUGACUGAAAGUUACAAGCAGUUCCAAGCUCACAUUAUCUUUGAAAACGUAACCAUACUUCAUUCCAAGAUGAACAUAUUUAAUGUCAUGAGAAGAUUCAGCUUCAGACUUCACCAUAAGGAUAGACCUGCAGAUUCUGCUGGAUUUUAUAUUGCUUCCUGGGGAUCUCAGAGCUUCAUCUCAGGGAAAUAUUAUUGGGAGAUUGAUUUGAAGGACUCUUGUGAGUGGGCUGUGGGAGUCUGUAAGGAUUCACAGUUAAGGAGUAGAAAUCAAAUGAUUGAAUCUGAGGGUGCAUUUCUUCUUGUGUGUGUGAAGGAGGGUAAUCAUUACAGUCUCCUCACCACCUCUGGCACUACAUAG